AUGGCCGACGGCAGCUCGACCUCCGCAAUACGACUCGGUAGCCGCCUGGAAGUCGAAAGAGCCGUAGACUCAAUCAGCUCUUUACCUGAUGUGAUUCUCCAACACAUACUCUCUUUCGUUCCGACCAAGUUAGCCAUUGGAACUUCCCUCUUGUUAACAAGAUGGAGGCAUGUAUGGUGCGAUCUACCUUCUCUCCCCUUCUGUGCCAAAACACAGACGGCUGCUUCCAUAAACGAAACCCUAACUCUCUACACAGCUCCGAAGAUGAUGGAUUUUCACCUCAAAAACAUCACGAAGCAGCAUAUUCGUCACCUGGACAUGUGGAUCAAGUUCGCCAUGUCACACAACGUGGAGAAUCUGUCCCUUGAUAUCAAUAGUUGUGGUAUUAUUAAUGAUGUUGAGUAUAAGUUUCCUGAUUUCUUCUUCAUCAACUCAUCUGUCAAGCAACUUAGCAUUAGGUCAAUCUUUGAUUAUAACAUUAUUCCAAAAUGCUCUGUGUCUUGGACAUCACUGAAGAAACUGUGCUUGGAUAAUUGUGUUCUCUCUGAAGAAUCCAUGGCUAAGAUUAUAUCUGGUUGUCCCUUUCUCGAAAGCUUAUCAUUGUAUUUUUGCAAUAACCUCAAGGUUCUUGAUCUCAGCAAAUCACUGCGUCUAAGGGCAUUAGAAGUAAGCUUUAUCGUUAGCGUAACGGAGAUCGUGGCACCACAUACCCAUUACCUCAGAUUGAGAAACUCACAGUUAUCACGUACUUUAGUUGAUGCCGCGUCUUUAACCCACGCUAAUCUAGACAUUUGUUUUUUCUCAAUUUACUCGACCUUCGAGGCUGAUAUUUUUCAAGCCAAUGUGCUAAAGAUGCUAGGAAAUUUUCAGAACGUCGAGAAGCUUACUUUUGGGGGAAACUUGCUUCAGGUUUUAUCUCUUGCCGAGGUUCUUGGUGUUCCUUUUCCCAAGUUCAAAUUCAAAGCUUUGACUUUUGAGACAGUGAUAUUUCGGUAUGUUAUUCCUGGUAUAGAAAGACUCUUACAAAACUCACCUGAUUUAGAGAAGCUAACAUUACGCGCAAGGGAUUGCAACACAAUAAAGGAAGACAAUCUUGACCACUACUUGAAUUCUCGAGGCUUGGACAAGGAUCAAUGCUGGAGAUCAAAAGAUGGAGUCUCUUGGAACAAGUCCCGUUGGAACGUCGAGGUGAAGCAUGUGGUUUCGUUAGUGGAACUUGUGUUUAAAAACGCAAUGACAUUAGACAAGAUGGUCGUACUGUUAAACCAACGUUACCUUAGGCAUAUCUUUGAAGACCUGGUCCCAACAUUUUCUCACAACAACAAUGUCUUCAUUUCGCUCUCCACCAACACACCAGAGGCGUGGUGA